AUCGAUGUAAAACAAAUAGCUUUGAAAUUUUGAAAAUUGAAUCAGUUCAGUUGGAUGGAUUUCAGCAUUCUACGAUUCCAGUUGGUUAUUUUCUCAUGCGAAGGAACUUCUGUGCACUAGAUGGAGGCAUAUCACCUAUAACUAUUUAACAAAACUUUAACGUCAACUAAGUUCGUAAUAACAGUCUAUUUUUAUAGAUGAACAUGCAUGUAUUUACCGAAAAAAAUUUGUAUUUAUAUAAAUAGAUGUUUUCUAAGCAAUAAAAUAUUAACCCUUCGUCACGUACAUCGGCUGCAUCAAGUACAGCGGCCGAAUGGAAAAAUGCCCAGAGCCUAAAGAAUACUAAUACUACUACCUUCGUCACUCGCGUCAUGAGCAGAUCGCCGCCUAACAACUACUCAACCUAUAGAGACUCACUAUAGUGCGAGCGAGAAACUAAAAAAGACGCGAGUGACGAAGGGUUAAAUAAAAAACAAUUAUGUCCAGUGACACACGUUUAUCUAUUAUAUUUAUUAAUGAUAAAGUUAAAAAGAUAUUUCAAUAUAACUAAAUUUUAUUUGUAAUACUUAAUCCAAAAGUUUAUGUUUUGAUAAAUAAAAUAAAAACAAAAAUUGGAUUAAAAAAAUUCAGUAAUAUGGAAGUGCCUCGAACUCCUAUAGAUAAUUUAUUGAAUGUAUUAUCCAACUUUAGUGUUGGUCACGAAAAAGCUUUGAAGCAGAGUAUUUACAAUGCAGUAGCGUUGUUCCUUCUAUGCUUAGUUUGCUUUGCUGGGUAUGGACUUUACAUGAUUUUUCAACCAUUUGUAAAACCAUUAAUAUGGGCUUUACUUUGUGGUUCGGUUCUUUUUCCAUUCAAAUUAUACAUUACAAGUUCUGUAAAGUCUUGGUUUGCUGAAACAGAAAAUUUUUAUGAGAUAUUACUCAUAAAUUUCACAAUGGUUCCUAUAAAAAUUAUGGAUACCAUUUCUGAAUGUAUUGGUUCUUUCCUCUAUGGACAUAUUAAAUAUGUAAAACUUAUCAUAAUUUCAUCUAGUUUUGCUAUUAUAAUAUAUUGGUACACUCCCAACGUUAUGACAUGUCUUAUAUGGCGCUUUGUUGAAUUGAGUAAUUCACUUUUAUAUUUAGUUGUCACCCACUGUAAUAUCUAUCUGAUCAGUACGAGUAUUAUAAGUUAUCUAAUAAUAUUGUUUUUCCACUGGAGUCAAAAUAAUGCUACUUCAUUUAAUCAUGCAUCUCUUGUGAUUUGGCUUAUAUUUAGCUUUUACGUAUCGAAUAUAUUAGGAACUUAUCAAAGCAUAAUAUUUUGUAUUUUACAAAUUUUAUUUAUUAUUGGUUUUAUCUAUGAGGUUGUACUUAUUGUAGAUAAUAAGGAAGUUCAAGGUACAUCUUUGGCUUUCACUGAAGCUCUACAGUUGGCUUUAACUGGUAAAGAAAUUUAUAAAUCUUCUAUACAAACUAAUGAAAAACACGAUCAAGAUAAAACUUUCAUCGAUGAUACGUCAACUCCUAUCGUGGCUGAAGAUAUAAAAGUAUCACCUUCUGUACAUAGUAAAAAAAAGCAUUCAUUACAAUUUUUGAAAAGUUCAAUGUCAUUAGAUACGGAUCGCAAAGAGGAUAUUUUGUUGAAAUUUAGAUCAGAUGAUAAAUCUAAUUUUUCAACCGGCCAAAAACCUAUUCAUGAACGUUAUUUUUUGCGGAAAUUUAGCAAACAUAUAAUAAAACAUGAAAAUCAUAAAGCCGAUACAAAUAAAUAUAUGUAUGGAGCAUUUUAUUUGUGUGUAGGAAUGGUAAUGUGGAAGCAUAAAUGGAUAUUAACUAUACUGACAGUUCCAAUAGCUUGGUAUGUUGGCAAAAAAAUAGGAAAGUAUUUUGAAUUUUGGGGCUUUACUCAUCGUCAUAUAAAUAAGAUGAUUCAAUCUUCUAAAAUGUGGUAUUAUGAAAGGCAAAGUGCUUUGAUUCCAGCCCAUGUGAGAGGUUUAUAUAAAAUUUAUAUGAUAAUUGAUAAAAAAAUGAAGGAGAUAUUGAAACGAUCUGUAGAUGCAGUUGCAACAAUUGCUGUGAUUUUUUUUCUGUUGAUAUUUUCUGUUUGUGCUUCUAUAUUUAUAAUCAUACAAAUUUAUGCGGAGGGCAUACAUUUGAUUCAAGUAACAGGAGAAAUAAUUAAUUCGACGUUAGUUCAUAAUCCUGAUAUUGACUGGGUACCAGAACAGUGGGAAGACUCUGUUAACAGUGUUUUAGAUAAUGCUUAUACAUACGGUAGAAGUGCUAUUGCCCAUGCCGUUAAAAAUGUUGCCAAAGAUGUAGAACCAGUUAAAGCUGAAAUAAUGGAGAGAAAAGUUUUAGAAUUAUGGGAUCGCCUUUAUCAAGCUUGGAUGAUGUCACACGAUAAUUCAGAUACAAUUGGCCCAUCAGUAGAUAUUGAUGCUGCUUUUUCAGUGUGGGAAAGUUUGAAAGAAAGUUUCGUAAAAUCACCAAGCCAAAUGUUUAAUAUUAGUAGUAUCCAAAAUUUUGCUAAAGAUAAUGUUGGUAUUUUAAUGUCUGUUCUUGAUUCUGUGUGGAGCAUUAUUAGAGGAAAUUUAUCAAUAGUUUUAAGUAUUUUAACAGAACUACUUUCCGUUGUUUUCAUCAGUGGAUCUGCUGUUUUAAGUUUUAGUUUAAGCACUGUUGUAUUUUUUACCACAUUAUUCUAUCUGCUUAGUUCAAGUGGAUACACUUAUAAACCUAUUGAGUUCAUUGCAGUUUUUAGUCCCAUUAGCUUCUAUCGGUUUGCAGUAGCACUUCAAGAAGCUGUCAUUGAAGUUUUCGCUGCAACUUUUAAGCUAGCAUCAUUUUUUGGCUUGUGGACAUGGUUUAUUCAUAACUUAUUUUAUGUAAAAAUCAUCUAUUUACCGUCAGCCUUUGCUGCUAUGUUAGCAGCAGUACCAUUUCUGGAUGCAUAUUUAGCUUGUAUUCCUGCCACAAUUGAACUCUGGUUUACUCGAAAACCAAUAGUUUCUAUUCUAUUUUUUAUGUUUCAUUUUUUGCCUUAUAAUAUAGUGAUUACUGAUUUUUAUAAGGAAAUUAAGGGUGCAGGACAUCCGUAUUUAACAGGUUUAUCAAUAGCUGGAGGAAUUUUUUGUUUAGGGGUUGAAGGAGCUAUUUUUGGUCCUCUUCUUCUUUGUUGCAUUAUGGUAGCUAUAAAUUUAAGUCGCCGAUACGUCCAUUCUAUUUCUGAAGAAACGUUAGAUUCAUUACAGCAUCAAAUUAAUCGAACUACUGAGCGAUGUACACCUUAAAAAUAAAAUAAAUCAAAAACGGUGAUUUAAUAAACUAA